AUGCUCCUGAAGGCCACGCCAUCGAAGAUAAAAGUCCCGGUUGUCUGGACAUGUACUUUAGUCGUCUCCCUGUUGGUCGAGUCGUGUCAUGCUCAGAAGCUGAACAUCCACUGGGGUCCUCAGUCCAUGAUGUACUUGAAGGGCAAACAUGGCAGGAGGUCUGUGUCGGAGGAGGACAACAGUGUUCUGACCCGGGGUCUGCAGGGCUGGUACGCAGUGCUCAGAGGCAUCCAAAAGCUGCAGUCACGGGACUUCAGGAAACCCAGUCACAUCCUGAGCUCUGAAAAAGUCCUCAUCCGCUACCUCCAGGAGAGAUGA